AUGGCUGCCCCCACCGCACGCAAAAACACUGCUCCCGCUGUGGAGCCAGUGCAACAGCAAGAAGAAGAGCUUUUGAUUGAUACCACAAAUGUGCCUGUUGCCGAUGCUGCUGAGCCCAAAUCUGUGGCUGAGGAUGAGGAAAUGGCUGAAGACAAACCUGUGCCAACAUCGGUAGUGUUGGACGAGACCGGAAAGCCCAAGUUCGCUGCUGCUGGUAAGAGCGGUAUGAAGGUGAAGUUAGAGAGUAGAAAGGUUGCCGUUCCUCCCCACAGAAUGACUCCGUUGAAGAAUACCUGGGUCAAGAUUUAUCCACCAUUAGUUGAGCACCUCAAGUUGCAAGUAAGAAUGAACUUGAAGACCAAAACCGUCGAAUUAAGAACCAAUAAGUUCACUGAGGAUGAGGGUGCAUUGCAGAAGGGCGCAGACUUCAUCAAGGCAUUCACGUUGGGGUUUGACGUGGACGAUGCAAUCGCUCUUUUGAGAUUGGAUGACCUAUAUAUCGAGACUUUUGAGAUCAAGGAUGUCAAGACGUUGACCGGUGACCACUUGUCGAGAGCUAUCGGUAGAAUUGCAGGAAAAGAUGGUAAGACCAAGUUUGCUAUCGAAAAUGCCACCAGAACCAGAAUUGUAUUGGCAGACUCCAAGAUUCACAUCUUGGGAGGAUUCACCCACAUUAGAAUGGCCAGAGAGGCGGUGGUGUCGUUGAUUUUGGGUUCGCCUCCAGGAAAGGUGUAUGGAAACUUGAGAACGGUGGCCUCCAGAAUGAAGGAGAGAUACUAG